AUGGCCGACUUCGAGGCGCUCAAGGACCAGUGGAGCGACAUUGAAGACAGGGAUGGCGUCCGUCUCAGCUGGAACACGUUUCCCAGCACGCGCAUGGAAGCUUCCCGCCUAGUCGUUCCCAUUGGUGCACACUACACGCCUCUCAAGGAGAAGACGGACACUCCGCUGCUCCAGUAUGAGCCUGUCAGCUGCAGGGCGCCAUGCAAAGCUAUCCUCAACCCCUACUGUCAAAUUGACAUGCGCGCCAACCAAUGGAUAUGCCCCUUCUGCUUGAAUCGCAAUCACCUGCCCCCGCACUACAAGGACAUCUCCAACCAGCAGAUGCCCCCCGAGAUGCACCCGAACAGUACCACGAUCGAAUACCGCCUUCCCCGACCCAUACCGAGCCCGCCCAUUUUCAUUUUCGUGGUAGACACAUGUCAAGAGGAAGACAGCUUGAAGGCGCUGAAGGACUCGAUCAUCAUGGCUUUGAGCCUGCUCCCAGCAUACGCGCUGGUUGGUCUGGUCACAUACGGUACAAUGACACAAGUACACGAGCUGGGCUACACCGAAUGCGCCAAGUCGUACGUCUUCCGCGGAAGCAAGGACUACUCCACCAAGCAAGUGCACGAGAUGCUAGGCCUUAGCCAGAUGGCUCCUCGACCUGGUGUCCCACAGCAGCCUGGACGACCACCUAUGGGCGCUCCAGGCGGUGUUGGCACGCGCUUCAUCCUACCCGUAUCGCAGUGCGAAUUGCAGUUGACCAACGCUCUCGAAUCAAUCCAACGGGACCCCUGGCCGGUCGCGAACGACAAGCGUCCCUUGAGGUGCACCGGUGUGGCGCUCAGCGUCGCUGCUGGACUCCUGGAGACGAGCUUCAUGAACAGUGCCGCCCGCAUCAUGUUGUUUAGCGGUGGUCCAGCCACCGAGGGACCUGGCAUGGUUGUUGGCCCGGAGCUGCGCGAGCCUAUCCGAUCGCACCACGACAUCGACCGCGACAACAUCAAGUACUACAAGAAGGCACUGAAGUUUUAUGAGGGCCUUGCGAAGCGCAUUUCCCACAACGGCCAUAUUGUUGACAUCUUUGCCGGAUGUCUGGAUCAGGUCGGCCUUCUUGAGAUGAGGGGUCUUGCGAAUAACACUGGUGGACACAUGAUUCUGACGGAUAGCUUCACCUCAUCCAUGUACAAGCAAUCCUUCGUGCGCGUUUUCAACAAGGAUGCGGACGACAACCUCCUUAUGGGAUUCAAUGCCGAGUUUGAGGUGCUGACAACCAGAGAGUUGAAGAUCACUGGUCUUAUUGGACACGCUGUGUCGCAGAACAAGAAGUCAGUCUCAGUUGGUGAGACGGAAUGCGGUAUCGGAAACACAUGCGCCUGGAAGAUGUGUGGCAUCGACCCUGAAGCCUCAUACUCGAUCUAUUUCGAGAUUGCCAACCAAGGCGGGUCCAACGUGACCUCUACGCAGCAACAGGCUCUCAUUCAGUUCCUCACAUACUAUCAGCACUCCGCUGGCCAGUAUCACUUGAGAGUUACCACCGUGGCCCGACCCAUGAGCGGUCCAUCUGGCGACCCUGCUAUCGCCCAGUCCUUCGAUCAAGAAGCUGCUGCUGUCCUCAUGUCGAGGAUAGCAGUCUUCAAGGCUGAGGUCGACGAUGGCCCUGACGUCCUCCGAUGGGUCGAUCGCAUGCUUAUCCGACUAUGCGCUCGCUUCGCCGAGUACAGAAAAGAUGACCCGUCGUCAUUCAGGCUUGAGAAGAACUUCACACUAUACCCGCAGUUCAUGUUCCAUCUUCGUCGGUCACAGUUCCUGCAGGUCUUCAACAACUCGCCCGACGAAACCGCCUUCUAUCGUCAUGUCUUGAACCACGAGGAUGUUAGCAACUCCCUCAUCAUGAUUCAGCCGACACUUGACAGCUACGGCUUCGACCACGAAGGCGGUCAGCCUGUUCUGCUCGACUCUAGCUCCAUCCAAAACGAGACGGUGCUAUUGCUCGACACAUUCUUCCACAUUCUCAUCUUCCACGGCGAAACAAUGGCUGAGUGGCGGAAGGCUGGAUACCAAGAGCAAGAAGGUUAUGAGAACUUCAGGGAGCUUCUGGAGGCACCGAAGGAGGAUGCCAAGGAGCUCAUCCAGGAUCGUUUCCCGUUGCCUCGAUUCAUUGUCUGUGAUGCCGGCGGGUCACAAGCUCGUUUCCUGCUCAGCAAGCUCAACCCUUCGACCACACAUCAAACUAACAGCUAUGGCGGUGCUGCGACAGCUCAGACCAUCUUCACCGACGACGUCAGUCUGCAGACCUUCAUGGACCAUCUCAUGAAGCUCGCAGUAUCGGGCACAGGCUAG